CUCCUGGAAUAAAGUUCAGCUUUAACUCCACACAGAAAAGUUCCAUCUCUUUGUUCUUCUGCUCUCAGCUCAUUGAAGGUUCAGGUUCUGUUUCCUGUGGUUCUGCUGAUUUCAGAUCUGAUGGAUUAAGCUUCAGUCUGCUGCUUAUUGCAACUCAUCUAACUGAUGAGCAGAUCUGAGUGCUGCUGUUUGUGUCGGCGUCCGCCUUCGUGGAGGAGCUCGAUGACUCCUUCAUGGAAAGAAAAGGAGCCGAAGACAUCUGGCUCAUCAAGUUCUACGCCCCCUGGUGUACAUUCUGUAAACAGCUGGAUCCUGUGUGGCACCAGAUUGGAUCAGAACUCAGGAGUCUCGGGUCUCCGGUCCAAGUCGGCAAAUCAGACGCCACCGCCAGCCCCGGUUUGGCCAAAGAGUUCCGGAUCAGAGGUUACCCCGCCAUACUCAUGUUAAAGAAAGAUGUGACAUAUAAUUAUUUAGGACCAAGAACUAAAGAUGGAAUCAUGGACUUUGCUGAUCGAGUCGCAGGGCCGCUGAUUCGAUCUCUGACCAGUCUGCAGCUCUUCCAGCAUGCAAUGAGCCGCCAUGAUGUCAUGUUCGUUUACGUCGGCGCCACGUCACAGCUGAAGACAAACUACACAUCAGCAGCAGAGACUCUGAUCAUUGGAACCUACUUCUUCUCUGCCACCAGAGACGUUCUACCCAAGGCGGUGUCUUUGGCGUCUCUGCCGGCUGUGGUGGUUUUUAAAGACGGGACUUACUUCACGUACAGCGAGGAACAUGACGGUGACCUGACGGUGUGGAUCAACACAGAACGGUUCCCAACCUUCAGUCAGAUCGACAGCUACACUCUGUACGCCAUGGGAGACUCAGGUAAACUGGUGCUGUUGGCGAUGUUGGAGCAGAAACACCUGUGGGACCAAAGCCUGAGGUGUAAGAGUCUGGUGGAGGGAGUGGCUGCAGAGCAUAGAGACACCUACCGCAGCAGCUUCUACUUUGGCUUCAUGGAGGACAGCAGCUACAUUAACGGUCUGGUGAUGGAUGACAUCAUUCUGCCGUCCUUCAUCAUCGUCAACCUGUCCAAUGAUGGCUACUUCCUGCCGCUGGGCGCCGUGGAGACGGAGCAACAACUGCUGGACUUCAUGGACGGAGUCCUGGACGGGAGCGUGGAGAUUCAGGGAGGAAACGGCGUCUCUCAGCGGAUCAGACGCUUUGUCUACGACACCAAAGUUACGCUGAUGCCGAUCUUCACUAAGGCUCCUCUGUUCGGUUGCUUCCUGUUGGGCGUCCCUCUGUCCGUCGGAGUCUUUCUGUGUUAUCUCUGCUGUAAGAGGCGGAGCUCUGUGGACGAUGAUGAUGACGAUGAUGACGUGGCACUGAUCGCUACGUUGUCACAGCGGCGCAAAAAGUCAGGCAACAAGAAGUCAGACUGAAGACGGAUCCGGACUUUGAUCCAGAGCCAGAGAUUUUUAAAGAUGUUUAUUGUUUUUUAUGUUGUUUGAUUCGACUGAAUUUACAAGAAAUCAUCAAAAAAUCAUUGAAUGUGUUUGUGACUCAGCAGCUCACCUGUCAGGUAACUGCUGCAGCCUGUAGCACCAGAAAUAAAGACGUGUAGAAACA